AUGCCAGCUCAACCGCUUAUUUUGUCGUCGACACGAACGAUUUUGAUUGCCAUUUUGGCCCGUUACGAAGAGUUUCUUCAAAACUACCAGCCCGAUAGGGAUUCUAUCGAGGUGGAAACUCGUAUGGCCAAAUUUGACCAAAUAUGCAAGGAUUUGGAGAGCCUUCAACAGCAGCUGGAGGACAGUGCAACCACUGCUGAAGAGAUGACACACAAUGCCGCCCUUAGGGAGGAUUUUGAACGGCGCUUGAUUCGCGUUCAAUCGGCAUUGAAGCGAAAUAUAGAGAAAUUCCGCGCAGCGAAGUGUCGCAGCAAGGAGCCGUUCGAUAAAUCAGCCCCGAUUGAUAUCAUCCUUGGUGCUCGUCAUUACGCUUCCUUCUUUACGAACGUAAAAUCGCACGAGCUUGCUCCGAACCUUCCAACUAUGCUGAACAGCGUGUUUGGGUGGGUCAUGAUUGGUCCCACCUCUCCUCAGAAUCCUGCAUCUACGACCGAUUGCACCGCCGCGUCCACAAUCGUCUGCAUGGCAUCCCUGGAGGAGUCUCUCGAACGCUUUUGGAAGCUGGAAGAGUUAAGCGUCAAUGAUUCGUACUCACCUGAUGAGCGGCGAUGCGAAACAUUGUAUAAAGAAACCACUCAGCGCGACGAGUCGGGUCGCUAUAUUGUACGAUUGCCCAAACAGACCGACUUCACGGAAAAGCUUGGCCUGUCUAAAACUACUGCUUUGAGACGCUUCGAGCUGCUGGAGAGGAGGCUAGAACGCAACCCACAGCUCAAGGAAGACUAUCAUACCUUCAUGAAGGAGUAUUUGGAGCUGGGGCACAUGUCGCUCAUGAACAAAAAUAGUGGGGAUGAACAGGCGUACUACCUACCGCACCAUCCCGACGAGCUGCUUGAUAUUGUGUUGCGAUUCCGCACCUACCAAAUAGCACUUGUGGGAGAUAUAGCUAAAAUGUACCGACAAAUAUUGCUGCAUUCUGAUGAUCGUCGAUUGGUGCGCAUAUUCUUUCGAUUUUCGCCGCAAGCUCCGAUCCAAGUAUAUGAGCUCAACACCGUUACAUACGGACUAGCACCUUCCUCGUUUCUGGCUACACGCACACUUAUCCAACUAGCAGAUGAUGAAGGGACUGAGUAUGCGCUUGCACCUGCGGCCCUGAAACGAAACUUUUACGUGGACGACUUCAUUGGUGGUGCCAAUAACGUUCGCGAAGCUGUUCAGCUGCGUAAGGAGUUAUCAGCGCUACUUGCCAAAGGUGGGUUUGAGUUGCGCAAGUGGACAUCAAACAAUCUGAGCGUGCUCUCCGGCUUAAGCACCGAGUAUAUCGGCACACACUCAUCGCUGCAUUUUAUACCCAACGAGACGGUCAAAGCACUCGGCAUCUCGUGGAAGCCGGAAUCGGAUGAGCUGUGUUUUGAAUCCAACACUGAGGCUGAUGAAGCCACGUCGACCAAGCGAUCUAUUUUGUCGAGCAUUGCCAAAAUGUACGAUCCGCUCGGAUUGAUAGCACCGGUGAUCGUGCGUGCUAAGAUGCUGAUGCAGGAGCUAUGGCUACUGUAA